AUGAACUCACUGAACAUCCUGUCCUCGAGAGUCAUUGGCCAGACUUCCAGCUCGCCACGUCCACGAUCACGAUCCCAGGGCGAAAGACAACGCGACGCCCUACCGGGCGACUUCGCGAAGCACCGGUCCUACAGCACAGACAACUACCGGUCGAGAACCGACUCUGAGAAGAGCUAUGAUGGUACCGUAUCACUCGCGGAAGACAGCAGAGACGAGGACACGACGCACGGUUUUGACGAAAAGUCACCUUUACUACACGAAAUCCAGCAUGAUAGCGCGCUCGUAACUAAGAGCUCUUGGCGACUUCUCACCAAGCGCAUAUUUGAUGCGAUCACGGAAACAAUCCACUUCAUUCUAUCAACGCUUGCUGCCCCCGGCAUAUACGUGGCUCAAUGCUUCCUAGACGAUGAUGGACGAUACUCGCUUCUGACCCCUGUGAGAAAAAUUUGGAGAACGUCUACCGAUAAAAGGAUCCGGUCGAAUCAAGGAGCCUCUCGAAUAGAAGGACGACAACGAAGUGGCUCCACCCGGAAGUUGAAACCCCGGUCAUCGCAAGAAUCUAUACGCUCUUCUACCUCCGAAUCCGACGGCGACCGACGAAAUUCCCAAAGCCUCACAAGCGGCGGGAAGGCACGGCCGAACAAGACCCAGGACCACGACGUAGAAUCCAUACCGGAGGACGAAAGCACACCACGACGGUCUAUACGGAUCAAGCUGCAUAACGAGGAAUCUCUCAAGCGGCAACGACAACGGCGGACGGCGAGCGCGGACCUGGGGCAUCCGAUGCCCGAGGGAGUGGCGCGGGUCCAGGCCGGCGUCAACCUGGAUAGUCUGAAGUCCCCUACCUCUCCAUCUGUUCAUCGCAUUACCAAAUACCCGCACUCUCCAACACCGCCGCGACCUCUUCUCCCUCAACGAUUGCCUUCAUAUACAGCUGCCCCUCGCAAUGCCAAGCUCCCGCAGAAGACCUUGGUUUUGGAUCUCGACGAGACUCUCAUCCACUCGCUCGCCAAGGGUGGCCGCAUGUCCAGCGGCCACAUGGUUGAGGUGAAGCUCUCGAUGCCCAUGACCACCGCUCUGACACCUGGCGGGCCGCAGACUACGCUGGGACCGCAGCACCCCAUCCUGUACUAUGUACACAAGCGACCGCACUGUGACGACUUCCUGCGCAAGAUCUGCAAAUGGUAUAAACUUGUGAUUUUUACGGCGAGUGUUCAGGAGUACGCCGACCCCGUGAUCGACUGGCUCGAGCAGGAGCGGAAGUACUUCCAGGCCCGCUACUACCGGCAGCACUGCACGCUCCGCAAUGGCGCGUACAUCAAAGACCUGAGUUCCGUGGAACCCGAUCUGAGCAAGGUGAUGAUCCUGGACAACAGUCCGAUGAGCUAUAUCUUCCACGAGGACAACGCCAUUCCCAUCGAGGGCUGGAUCAACGAUCCCACGGACAACGGCCUCUUGCAUCUGAUCCCGAUGUUCGAGGCAUUGCAAUAUGUCACGGACGUCCGGGCACUGCUGGCACUGCGCCGUGGCGAGGCCGAGACGUAG